CCGGAGGCGACGGCGGAGCCGUGCGAGACCCCGGUGGUUGUUUUUGCAGCGUGCCAGCACAAUGCACCCGGCAGCCGGCAGCGUCCCCCCAGACCAGGAGCCCCUGAUCGAGGAGCCCCUGGGGAACAGGUACAAGCGACCACAGCCCAAGCCAAGUGACCACUUCCAUGGGGCCUACAUUAUCUUCUUCCUCCUGGGCAUCGGGUCUCUCCUGCCCUGGAAUUUUUUCAUCACGGCAAAGCACUACUGGAUGUACAAGCUGCAGAACUGCUCGGACAAAGCCGGCCCAGCCGGGCAGGCGGCGUCGGACCUGCGGGACUAUUUUGAGAGCUACAUCUCCAUUGCUUCCACUGUGCCCUCGGUGCUGUGCCUGAUUGGAAACUUCUUGCUUGUCAACAAGGUGCCUGCCAGCGUGCGGAUCCUGUCCUCCCUCUUUGUCAUGCUGGCCAUGUUCCUGGUGAUCACGGUGCUGGUGAAGGUGGACACCUCAGCCUGGACCACCCCCUUCUUCGCCCUCACCGUGGGCUGCGUGGCCGUGGUCAGCAGCGCCUCCACCGUCUUCUCCAGCAGCAUCUUCGGGCUCAGCAGCUGCUUCCCCAUGAGGAACUUGCAGGCCCUGAUCUCAGGCCAGGCCAUGGGCGGCACCAUCAGCGCCGUGGCCUCUGUGAUAGACCUGGCAGCAGCAGCCGAUGUCACCGACAGCGCCCUGGCCUAUUUCCUCACUGCUGACAUCUUCAUCGUGGUCUGCAUCAUGGUGUACCUGCUGCUGCCCAGGCUCGAGUACUCCAGGUAUUACCUGAGCAGCCAGAAGGAGAGCCCAUCUCUGGCCACUGUGCCACCCGACAGCUCCGCAGAGGACGAGGCAGAGCCAGGAGGCACCACAAAUUCCUCCCUCCUCACAAAAAGCACUGGCAUCCCCCCACUCCGCCCCAUCCUGCAGAAGACCGCCCUCCUUGGCUUCUGCCUCUUCUAUGUCUUCUUCAUCUCCAUCAUCAUCUUUCCUUCCCUCUCCUCCAACAUUGAGUCAGUGAGCAAGGCCUCGGGAAGCCCGUGGAGCACCAAGUACUUUGUGCCACUCACCAGUUUCCUCCUGUACAACUUUGCCGACUGGUGUGGGAGGCAGAUCACGGCCUGGAUCCAGGUGCCUGGCCCCAAGAGCAAGCUGCUGCCCGCCCUCGUCCUCCUCAGAACCAUCUUCCUCCCUCUCUUCAUCCUCAGCAACUACCAGCCCCGGGCUCACAUCCGGACAGUGCUGUUCAAACAAGACGUCUACCCGGUGGUCUUCACGGCGCUGCUGGGGCUGAGCAACGGCUACCUGGGGACACUGGUCAUGGUCUAUGGCCCCAAAAUCGUGCCCAGAGAGCUGGCCGAGGCAGCAGGGGUGGUGAUGACAUUCUACCUCAUGCUGGGGCUGGCUGUGGGGUCUGCCUGCGCCGUUUUCGUGGUCCACCUUGUGUAGAGGGGCAGCCGGGCAGGAGGAUCCCCUCAGUUUGUGGUGCUGCUGUUGGAUAUUCAGGGGAUUUUUUUUCCCCAAAAAAGUCAGGCAUGCCAUGGUUUUGAGGCAGGCUGCCUGUCUUGGGAGGGGGGUGGUUGCAUUCAGGGGGAUGCAGAGGGAAAGUCUCCCUUCUGGGAAGGGUUGUCCCCUGUGCUUGGGGACGUCCUGACGGACAUGUCACUCUCCAGCUUAAUGGAGCAAACAGACCAAAAACGGCUCAUCCUCGCCAGGGAGCUCAGGGAAGCACCAGAGGCACAAGGAUACUGCCCUCACCCCAGUGCCAGUGAGUGGCUUGUUGGGGCCACCACGCUGGUUUUAAGCUGAACCCAGGACUUUUGGGGGCACCUUGGGUUUUGCUGCCUCGCUGUUACAAGUUCGGCCCUGCAGGGAUUGGGUGGUCUUGGGGGGAUCCCCCCUCACUGAGCUGUGAUGGUGGUGCUGAGCUAAAAGGGAUUUGAGCCCUGGAGCACCUUAACACAACUCUGGGAGCAGAUAGCAGCCAUGCCAGGGAUCAGGGCACCGUUUUGCACGGAUUUCAUACAGUCAUUCCAGAAAAAAAAGACAUAUAUAAGGGAAACUUUUCCACUUGGGACUCUUGCUUGCUUUAAUUUUUUUCAGGUAAAAUGUAGUUGAGGGAUCAUCCACAUCCCAGUAAGGUGCUAUCAGUGCUGGAGCUGUAUGUCAUGGCCAACCUGAGAGCAUUUCUCCUGCUGUGACCGUGGCGUGGUGGUUGUGGACACCAACUUACCUGUCUGACCUCCAAGGAAAGUGAAAUGCUGAGUGGUCCUAGCCUGAUGUUUUUAAGGUGGCUUUGGUCUGUGUUGAGAGAGGUCUAUGGAAGGCAGGGAGAGGUAUGAGAGGGGCUCUGGUGUGAUGUUCUCAGCAGAAAUCUGGUUAAUUCAUGUAGACAAACAGCAUAUGGUCUCCAGAUGUUUCCAGAGGGGUGAGCUACUGUGACACCCAAAAAUGCAGACCACCCAAAGAGGACUGGCUUUUAAAGUCACUUAAACUCCCAUAUGCCAGUGCAGCCUGGCCUAAAUCCAAUUAUUGCAUUUAUUUUCUUAAAUUGGCUGGAUUUAUGGCCUAGGAGAGGUGAACUGAUAAGCAAAGGUGUGAUGGCAGAGCUUUACAUUGCAGUGAUGCCUGAGGGGUGCUGUCUAUGGAAAAUACUUCCUUUAAGACUCGGUUAUUAGCAGAUGUUCUAGUAGUGGGAUGUUCUCUCAGCAUCUCCUGCUUGUCCAAGUAGUGGGGGAGCUCCUGGUUGGGGUUGCCAGGCAUCUCCGUGCUGGGCUGGAUGUGGGGCUUUGCUGGGAGAACAACAGGAUUUGGGGUGGUUAUUGCUAUGGGGUGACAUGUAGGAUUGGUGGACAUUGGGUUUUUUUAUAAUAACCCUUUCCAGCAUUUAGUUUGGGCCUGUUGGCAGUACCCACACAGAGCUUUGCUUUAUGGCUGAUUUUUAUUCAAACAUAAAAUCCAGACACAAGUGGAAAACGUACCGGGCAUGUGGCAAUGAGGAGCAGCUUUAUGGCAAAUGCCUGGGCAUGUGUGGGCUCUUAAUCCUGUCCCUUUGUGGGUUUGGAGCCCUUCAGCCCCUACUACUUGGCCAGGGACUGCCCUGACCCAGGUGAAAGUCCACCCAAGGGCUGAGGGUAGGGAUGCUGGGUGCUGCUCAGGGGGUCAGCGCUCCCAUCGCCUCCCUGGGCACUGGAGUAAUGCAGUAGUUGGUCGAAAAGCCCAAACCAACUUUGUGUUGGCAACCAAAAAGUCCCUUUGUGGCCUUUAUGCGUCCCACGUGAGAGCCUGCCCUGUGCUCUGCUCUCCCCAGCUUGUAUGUUUUCCUCCCAUCCAAGGAAUGAUGAGAUUCUGCUUGUUUUCUCACUGCUUUGCAUUUCUGCUCCUCCUCUCCUUCGUGUUACAGACCAAAUACCUCUUGAGGCAGAACUUAAUUGUGUGGUACCGUUGCUAAUAAAAAUAAUUCUUGAUCCU